CACAAAAAUCUUGGUUGUUAUAAACACGUAUAGGAGUAGUAUACAUGUGGAUCCGACACAGCUACAGUACAAGCGUCGUUUGUAUACCAUCACCCCAAAGGUGUUCACCUCCACCGGUAUGACACUACCCCAGACGAGCAGCUGUAAGGAUUAAAACAAUUGUACUAGAAAGAAAUGAUAUUGCACUGCUGCCGACCUCGUAACAGGAUAUGGAAAGCGAAAAUCGUUGCAGCUAUUUUGAGUUGUGCUUUUAUCUAUUACAUCAGCACGUCGAGACCAUUGGUGAAAUCAGAUCCUGGAGAAAGAAGCAGGAAAGCGUCAUCACGGAAACAGCUUUCCUCGUCUUUCCAGUGGGAUAACGAGCCACACAUUUCCGCUAUCGGGUUACUGGGCCGCCCACGACCACGUAAUGUUUUUCUAACCAUUGGAAUUCCAACAGUGUGCCGUGUGCAUCAGAGAUAUUUUCACACCACACUUACGUCGAUAAUAAACAGUACAUCACUUGCUGACCGGGAGAGAAUUCAUAUUGUAGUGGCAGUUUCUUACCUCAACGAGACAUGCGCGUUGGAGGUUAAAGACACUAUCAAGGAAAUAUUUGAUACCCACUUAAAAUCAGGACUUUUAGAAUUGAUAGGUAUACCAGUUGAGACAUAUCCGCCAAUUCAUAACCUUAGAAAAACUUUCAACGACGAGGAGUAUCGAGUACAAUGGAGAGCGAAGCAGAACAUUGAUUAUUCAUUUCUGAUGGCUUAUAACAGCAACAGAUCUUCCUAUUAUAUUCAUUUGGAGGAUGACGUCACAGCGAUCCCAGGAUAUUUACAAGAGAUUGAGAAAUAUAUUAAGGAAACGACUGAAUACUGGGCAAUGCUCGAGUUUUCUUCUCUUGGAUUCAUUGGAAAAUUGUUUCGAUCAUCCGAUUUACAUAAGAUUGCCAGUUUAUUACGUAGCUUUUAUGCUGAGCAACCAUGUGAUUAUCUCAUGAUUUACUUCAGGAAUUUGAUGCUACAAAAUGGCAGAUUCUUAAAAAUUCCAACUCUGUUUCAACACCACGGAUUACAUUCAUCUUUACCAAAUCUCCUUAGGAAUGUCUCUGAUCAGUUUUAUGCAAUGGAAACUAAGAUUCUAAGGGGGGAUAAUCCUAGCGCAAAUAUGUAUACAUCAUUAAUUACAUACAGUAAGAAUUACCUUACGAAUGCCUAUAAUAAAAACAGUUCAGGGUUUUUCUGGUCAUUGACGCCGAAAGUCGGUGAUACCCUGACGAUCGUGUUUAAAAAUCCGCAGUGUCUCCAACGAUUUGCCCUCACCAGUGGCUUCCCAGGAAAAGCAAGCGAUAAGAUCAUUGGAGGGAUAGUUGAGUUAGGAAAUACAACUAAUGCAUUGGCAAAGGAUAACGUUAAAUGUUCCGGUUUGAGAUUUGUAGGGGAAAUAAAAAAUGGUCAAAUUGAUCGAGGCAAUAUAACAUCAAAUUCUGGUUGUGUUCAUUUGGAAGAUAAAACCGCGUGUAUAAAGUUGACUUUUACGGAGAAGCACACUGAAUGGCUUGUCAUAAGAGAAAUAGCGGUGUUCACUAUUCCGUGAGAUAAGUCUGAAUGUGGAAGAGAUUCAAUUCUGAAACUUAUAUAGGCAGUCUUCGCUAGACCUUAGGUACAUUAGCUGUUAAUAGGAAGUUAAACAAAAUAAACCAAACCAAACCUUCAGUACUCCGUCCGUCAAUCUGUUUCUUCAGAUCUCUUAAUCAAGAACGCCUGUUUAGAUUUAUAUAUAUUUGAAAUAGGACUCUAUAUGGUUAACUGGGACAUUUUCAAAAUUCCCUAUCAGUAUGUUCCCAUAACAGGAUAUUAGUCAAUGUAAAUGUGAGCAAAUUUUGGAGCAGAUCUGAUGACAAAAUGCUGUAUUAACAGAAGGGCACAUUAGAGACAGAGACAUUGGAUCCAACAGAGAUGUUGACAUUUUUAAUGUCUUCUCUUCCGACGUCAAGAGUUUGAUAACAUUUUGUCAGAAGAAGCCUUUUGUGAAUAUUCUCAGUUUCGUUUAAAGGUGGUCCCUACCUCGGCAGUGUGGCCGUGGCAAAUAGCUAGCAAUGGAGGGGAAAAUCUUGUUUCAGAUCCAGUCUAGCCUGCAGCUUCCUUUGGUGAAGGACACUGGACUAUUUGACAUUAGUGACAUUCAUGCAGUUAAAAUAGACAAGAUGUAACUAUAUAUCAUGUAAUUACUUUGUAACUAAAAUGUAAGUGAAUUGCGAGGAAAUUUACACAAAGCUGUAAAGUGUAAUGCUUAUUUUGCUAACAUGUUGAAUAUUGGGGAUAUUAAUGGUAACAUGUUGAAUCGGGAGGAAAUGUAGUGUUACUGAAAUUAUUAGGAUAUACAUUUACAUGUUGAAUAUCAAAGUUAUUUUAGCAAUGAGUUGAAUUGUUGGAUUAUUCAUAUAACAGUUUACUGAUCAGAUAGUAAAAUAUUCACAACUGCAACUCUUUCUGAAUCGAUAAUCAAAGUGUGAGAAAGUAUGUUUAUCUCUUAAUAAAUUGUAUGUGAGCCUGAACUAGUUCGCCGCGUAUGCAUUUACGUUAAAAUUGACGGAUUUAUUUCCGCAAACCACGUGUGGAGAUUGACUAACAAGCGCCAUGCCUAAUGUGUAUGUCAACAUCAAAUUAUUUGUUUCAUAAGCUGUAAAAUUGUUGUAAUGAAUCAAACAAUGCAAAACAAGAUAAAUAAAAUCGCAGAGAA